AUGGUUCCUUGGAUCGCUGCACUAUCGGCGAUCUUGCCUGUGGUCUCCGCGCAAGCAUCACUCUAUGGCCAGUGCGGCGGAAGUGGAUAUUCGGGGCCUACCACUUGUGUUUCAGGCGCGUGCUGCACCGUUUCCAACGCCUGGUACUCUCAAUGCCUCCCGUGCAGCUCCGGCGGCGGUAGUAGCGGUGGCAGCACUGGUGGCAGUGGUGGCUCCCAAACCACACUGACCACUGCCAAGUCGACUACGACCGCCGCUGCCGGCUCAUCUGGUCAGACAUCUUCUUGCAGCUUGCCCUCGACCUACAAGUGGAAGUCGACUGGUCCCUUGGCUCAACCCAAGUCGGGCCUGGUCGCCUUGAAGGACUUCACUGUCGUUCCAUACAAGGGUCAGCACCUCGUUUAUGCUUCAGACGUCAACUCGGGGAGUAGCUAUGGCUCUAUGAACUUUGGUCUCUUCUCGGACUGGAGUCAGAUGGCCUCGGCGAGUCAGAACGUCAUGAGUCAUGGUGCGGUUGCUCCGCAGCUGUUCUUCUUCGAGCCUAAGAACACCUGGGUGCUCGCAUACGAGUGGGGUGCUUGUCCCUUCAAUUAUAUGACUUCCAGUGACCCUACCAAUGCCAAUGGUUGGUCGUCAUCCCAGUGCCUCUUCAGUGGCUCUCUCGGAGGCGGCGAUAACCCCAUCGAUCAGUCGCUGAUUGCCGAUGACACUACCAUGUAUCUCUUCUUUGCGGGAGACAAUGGCAAGAUCUAUCGCUCAUCGAUGCCCAUUGGCAACUUCCCCUCCAGCUUUGGUACCAAAUACGAUACUAUCCUGACGGCCGGCAAAUACGACCUCUUCGAGGCCGUGCAGGUGUACCGUGUUCAAGGCCAGAACCAGUAUCUGAUGAUUGUGGAAUGCAUUGGCGCGAAUGGCCGGUACUUCCGCUCCUUCACGGCCACGAGCUUGGGCGGUUCAUGGACGCCCCAGGCCACCAGCGAGUCUGCGCCUUUCGCCGGCAAGGCCAACAGUGGCGCUACCUGGACCAACGACAUCAGCAGUGGUGACCUGGUUCGCAGCAGUGCCGACCAAACCAUGCCCAUUGAUCCUUGCAACUUGCAAUUCCUCUACCAAGGCCGAGACCCCAACGUCAACCCGGCUUACAACGAUCUGCCAUACCGCCCCGGUGUGUUGACUCUGGUCCGUUAA